GUGUCCGCGCAGUCGUCGGCAGGAUAUUUCUUGCGAAGAUCAAAGAACGUACUCUUCAUCCAUCUUGCCGAGGGAACCACGGGCAACUCUGCGCCUUGUCAUGCAGGAAUUUCUAAUUAUUGCCCACCUCGCUCAGACGUACUGCGGGAAUUCAUAAUGACGUCAUCUCAACCGGACCUCUCCACACAUGUCAUUCCCCUGGGGACCCCACUGAGUGCACUGCAGGCCCAAGAGGCCUUUGCCGGGCUUUCUGCAAGGGAGAAACGUUACUGCCACUACUUGGCCCGGGCGGCCUGGGAAGGAGCUCCCAUUUGUCUCCUCCAGACAUCCCCCGAGAGUGUCCCCGUGUUCCUCCUCCUGAGAGAGGUGUUCUCCCGCCAGACCCCCGCCUCGCUCCGGGCAGCCGUCCAGGAAUCGGUCACCGAGGACGAGUUCCGCUCCCUCUUGCUGUACACGGCAGGUGUCUUCACCAACAUGGGCAACUACAAGGGGUUCGGGGACACAAAGAUCAUUCCCGGCAUCCCAAAGGACAAGAUGGAGGUUGUCCUACAGGCCAGCGUUCUGUUUCGAGAGGACUCUGACCUGUUGUCCCGACUGUGGGGGGCCUGUUCUUCACCGAUGUACUCCCUACUCCCGAGAGAAAGACAACUGGGGCUGGGAGAUGAGGGUAUUACCACUUACUAUUCUGGCAACUGCAUGAGAGCCGAUGCUGAAUUGGUGCAAUCCUUUCUGAAAGAAAAGGGCCUCGAGGCAUACAACACCAGAGUUUUCAAGACUGUAGUUGAAGGAGGGAAGGCCGCCAAAUACGAACUGAGAUUUGCAUCGGCAGCAACUGAGAGUGAGUCUCUGGGUCCAGAGGACGACGUGGCCCCGCUGCUCGGAGACCACACCCACAACUCCACCCACAUUGUCGUGACUCGAGGUGACUAUGCUCCGCUGAUGGAAAAGAUUGCCAGGAAUUUGGAACAGGCCAAGCUGUAUGUGGCAAACGAGGAGGAGGCCGCCAUGCUGGAGUCCUACAUACGCAGCUUCAGGAGUGGGUCUCUGGCACAGCACAAACAGGGGUCCCGUCACUGGAUCCGCAACAAGGGACCCAUCGUCGAGACGUAUAUGGGGUUCAUUGAGAGUUACAGAGACCCAUUUGGAGUGAGGGGUGAAUUUGAAGGGUUUGUGGCAGUAGUCAACAAAGCCAUGAGCUCCAAGUUCCAACAACUGGUUCAGUCUGCCGAGAAUCUGCUGACUCAGCUCCCAUGGCCGAGAGAAUUCGAGAAAGAUCAGUUCCUGAGACCAGACUUUACUUCUCUGGAUAUCGUGGCCUUUGCUGGCAGUGGUGUGCCUGCUGGGAUCAACAUACCUAACUAUGACGAGAUUCGUCAGAACGAGGGCUUCAAGAACGUCUCCCUGGGAAACGUCCUGCAGGCUGCCUAUCAGGACAAGCGAGUUUCCUUCCUCUCGCCCGAAGACCAGGAGUUGUUUGUGACUCUGCGUGGACCGGCGUUUGAGGUACAAGUCGGUCUCCACGAACUCCUCGGUCAUGGUUCUGGGAAGCUCUUCAGAAUUGAUGAAACAGGCACCUUCAAUUUCGAUAGUACCUCCGUGAAAAACCCUGUCACCGGUGAAAAGAUCACCUCUUGGUAUCGACCUGGAGAGACGUAUGACACGAGAUUUAGCUCCCUGGCCUCCACCUACGAGGAGUGUAGGGCUGAGUGUGUGGGGCUGUACCUCUGCCUCAAUAGAGAUGUCCUGAAGUAAGAUGUACUGGUCCCUCCUCUCCAUUCUCCCUCCCUCUCCCUCCCUCUCCUCCCUCUCCUCCCUCUCCCUCUUUACUGCUACCAUCCACUGAAGGGCGGUGUCCCUGACCCCUAAGGGUCUGCUUGUCCUGUGAGCUCACCUGUUAGUGAGUGGAGUGGCUUGUCUUCAGCCCCUCCCCAACUAGGUGCUGGCUUUUACAGCCUCCCACACCCUCAGUUUAAGCUUCCUCAAUCCAAGUGUUACUGAGUUGUGAUGCGUUUUGUGAUGUAUUGCAUAGGUGCAUAGUGUGGGUAAGUAUAUGUAGUCCAGUGAUAAUGUGUUUGUUCUGCAUGCAGAGUAUUUGGUCACUUGGGCCCUGGGGCGGAGGACAUAUUGUAUGUCAACUGGCUCAACAUGGUGCGGGCUGGGGUCCUGGGUCUGGAGUUCUACACUCCCCACACCAAGAAAUGGGGCCAGGCCCACAUGCAGGCCCGUCACGUCAUACUUCGUCUGCUACUGGAACGAGGGGGAGGCCUCGUUGGGGUGAAGAAGGUAACAGGGAGCGACGGUCGUCCAGACAUUCUGGUGACGUUGGACCGGAGUCUCAUUGAUACCCGAGGGAAGGCCGUCAUACAGGAAUUCCUCCUGAAACUCCAGGUGUACAGGUCGACGGGAGAUUUCGAUGCCGCCAGCUCCCUCUAUGAGAGGUACUCGGCAGUGAGUGAGGACGGAGGUUGGUUGGAACUGAGGGAAGUGGUGCUGGCUAGGAAACUCCCUCGACGGAUGCUCAUCCAGCCUCUGACUCGAGUUCAAGGCAGUCAGUUAUAACCUCGUGUGACUGUAUGCAUUGAGAUCACGUUAUACUAUGGCUCAGUGCCAGUUUAGAACAAAAAUUGCUUUUUCUGAACCGUUUGUCAUCUUUUCUGUGUGAAGUGAAGUCUAUGGCUGUAGUGUUACGCCUGCUUAGAUCCUUUCUGACUCACUCAGUGACUGCUGCGGGUGUUGAUGUCGAUUGUGCAGAUGGUGGUGUGAGUCUGAAGCAAUACGAGGUGUCCGUGGAGGGACUGGUGCAGCAAUAUGUGGAGUGUUAUGACCACUAUGACUCCCAGCUGGAAAAUCUCUGGCUACAGAGCCAACAUUUCUGGUGACUUGACUGAUGCAUUCCCUACACCUACAACCUUGCAUUGCGCUCGCACUAAGUUGUUUUUGUUUUGCGCAUGCGCAGUUCGGCGGUGGCGCGUACGCGCGCGUAGCUGUUGCACGUUGGAACGCUUCGUGUAACUUGCAGUUAUAAGACGCUUUCGGCGCAGUUCAGCAGCUAAAGCGAAACUGGUGAGAAAUGGGAUCGUCGUUGGAGACUCGAAGGGAGAGGUGGGAGCUAGGGUGUGGUUGGUGGAGGCGAUGCGGGGUCCUCUGUCUGCUGCUUCUUCUGCUGGACCGCUGCCGUUGCUCGGGACCCGCUUCCACCGCCUGCAGGCCGCCCUGCGAGAACGCCAUAUGUCCACCGACUGAGGGUCCCUGCAACUUCGGGACGUACGAACUGUGCAAUGGUUGCUGUACAGCGUGCGCCGCGGGACCCAACGUCACCUGCCUCUCGUACGGUUCCAUCUACCCUCGGUGCGGCGACGGGCUGAGGUGCGCCGGGGAGACCCGUUAUUUCCCUGGAGUGUGCGAGUGGGUACCCGGCGGAACUCCGAGCCCCUCCCCCUCACCACCCCCCGCAUCUCCAUCUCCCGCCACCACACCUGACCCGGUCCCUCCAACUGCUGAACAGCCCACUGAAGACUGCUCGGGGAACGACACGAGUCCCGAGUGUCGACCAGCCUGCACCGUCGACUUCUGCUCCGAGACGGUGACGAGAAAGAAGAGAAUCUGCUCGGCUGCUGGCCUCUCUCCUGUCGUUCCAGGGAGAAACCAGUGCCAGGACACGUCGUGCGGAGCCUGUUUUCUCCUCCGGGAACCAGACUGCUCGGCGUUCAUGUGCCCAGAGCCACCCACAAAGGACUGCCUGAGAGGGUUCUACGGGUGCAUCAGGGAUCACUACUUUGGGUCUUCCAUAGCUUCAAACUUGAUUCCAUUGGAGGACCCUCUAGCAAGAACCACUCCUGGGCGAGUCGUGUGUCUGGUACCGUCUGUUGACCACCACACACCCCGCGGCUCCUCCUCUGAAGACGGCUCUACUUGA